AUGAAUAUCGUCGAAUGGGCCUUUGGGAAGCGCAUGACGCCCGCGGAACGUCUGCGCAAGCAUCAGCGAGCCCUCGAUCGCACCCAGCGGGAACUUGACCGGGAACGUGUCAAGCUGGAGAAUCAGGAGAAGAAGCUCGUCCAGGAUAUCAAGAAGAGUGCCAAGAAUGGUCAGGUUGGCGCGUGUAAGAUCCAGGCCAAGGACCUGGUGCGGACGAGACGAUAUAUCCAAAAGUUUUAUCAGAUGCGAACCCAACUACAGGCGAUUUCGUUACGAAUCCAGACCGUCCGCAGCAAUGAACAGAUGAUGCAGUCGAUGAAAGGUGCCACCAUGCUCCUGGGGAGUAUGAACCGCCAGAUGAACCUCCCCGCGCUGCAACGGAUCGCUAUGGAGUUCGAGCGCGAGAACGAUGUGAUGGAUCAACGGCAGGAAAUGAUGGACGAUGCGAUUGAUGAGGCAACGGGGAUGGAGGGCGAGGAGGAGGAAGGUGAAGAUAUCGUCAAGGAAGUGCUGGAUGAGAUCGGUGUGAACCUCGGCCAAGAUCUGAGCGAAGCCCCUACCGACAUGCCAAAGACGGCAGUCAGCGAGGGCCGGGUGGCGGAGGCUGUUGGGGCUGGCGGGGCCAGCUCCCAGGAUGACGACCUGCAGGCUAGACUGGACAGUCUGCGGCGGUGA